ACUAAUGAAUUUCAAAGUCAGAGUCAAUUUGAAAUUUUGUAAAAAAAAAGAAAAGGAUACAAAAAAGUACAAAUUUAGAAAAUAAAGGUUUAAAGGUCAAAUAUUUUUGAAAUGUUUUAAAAGAUAUGGAAAUAACAGAUAAGUUUUAACUGUAUCACGUUUUUUAUUUAUCUGUUAAGUUAAAGAUAAGUAAUUUAUAGUCAAGGUUAAUUCUUCUAAGUAAAUACUAAAAUUUUAUUUCUCUAUUCGUUCUGAAAUACUUCUUGAUAUGACUACAUAGUAUUUAUUUUUUUAAGAAAUAUGACAAAAUCGUCAGUCAAGUCAAUACUGUGCUGUGACAAACAAAUAUUCACACAAAUAAAUUCCUAAUUAUUUUAUUUGUAACUUUUUUGUAAUUCAUUUUAUAAAAUAUUUAUAAAGUAUUUUAUGAAACAUUUUUUUCAAUUUUAUAUUUAAUAUUUAAAAAUAAAUGUAAUUAUUUAUUUAAAAAAGAAAAAUGUUAUUUCAAUGUUUUGUGAUAGUUCCUCUACUGUUUGGGAUUUUUUAUCUCUAUUCAAAAUACAAACUCUCGUAUUGGCAGAGAAGAGGUGUUCAAGUACCAGUUAGUAGUAAUUUGAUUUUUGGAAAUUUCACUGAUACGCUAACUUUCAAAAAACCACCGGGAAAAGUGUUGCAAGAUAUUUACGAGAGUGUUAAUUCAGAGCCAUAUGUGGGAUUCUAUAUUUUUCAUAAACCAAUUCUAAUGAUUCGAGAUUUGAAAUUAAUAAAGCAAAUAAUGGUGAAGGAUUUUGAUAUUUUUUCGAAUCGACGUUUCGGCGGUGAUUAUGAAAUUGAUUCUGUGGGUUUAAUUAAUCUUUUGUCAAUUCAUCAACCAGGAUGGAAAUAUUUACGAUCGAAAAUGACGCCAAGUUUGUCGGGUUUGAAAUUAAAGAGAAUGGUACCAUUGAUGACAAAUUGUACCAUUCCGCUUGUGGAUUUUAUCGAAAGGACAAAAAUCAACGAUGAUGGCUGGAAGGAAUUUGAAUUGAAGGAAAUUUCUUCAAGAUACACGACUGAUAUUAUUUCUUCAAUUGCUUUUGGAAUAUCUACAAAUUCAUUUGAUGAGAAAAACGAUGAAUUUUGGAGAGCAGGACAAAGAAUCUUGACGGGUUUUAAAAGAGGAAUCGUAUUCUUAAUUUUCUUCUUUAUUCCAAAUUUGAUUGGUUUUGUAAAACCAUUUUGCACUGAGCCAGCUGAUUUUUUUCGAAAAGUAUUUUGGAAUUCAAUGAAUAGUCGAGAGAAACUUGGCACUAAGAGAGGUGACUUAAUUGAUUCGUUUUUGACCUUGAAGAAUGGUGAACAAUCUUCUGAUUUUAAAUUUGAAGAUGAUAAUUUAUUGGGUCAAGCUCUAUCGUUUUAUAUUGCGGGUCUUGAGGCGGUAUCAAGUGCAAUUGCAUUUUCACUUUAUGAAUUGUCUCGUCACACUGAAUAUCAGUCUCAACUUUUUGAAGAAAUUAAAAUUCAUCUCGAUAAUGAAGAAUUAACACUGGAAUCUAUAAAUAAAAUGGAACUUUUGGAUCAAGUUGUCAAUGAAACAUUGAGACUGUAUCCACCUCUUCCAAUGAUUGACAGAAUUGCCAGCAAAAAUUAUAAAUUACCAGGAACAGAUUUAAUAAUCGAGAAAAAUACACCAAUUUAUGUUUCGAUAAAUGGAACAAAUCGUGAUCCAAGAUAUUUUAAUAAUCCUGAUGAAUUUAAUCCACUGAGAUCAAAAAGUGCGAUGCAGGAAAUUUCCAGUUCUUCACUUGCUUUUGGUCUUGGACCAAGAUCUUGUAUAGGUCAGAGAAUUGGUCAAAUUAUGACGAAAGUUGCGAUUAUUACAAUUUUAAAAAAAUAUAAACUUUCGCAUAAAACGAAAGACGAUAAUUUAUUUAGUUCAAUUAAUGUAUUUACAACAGCAGCUGAUGGUGUCCACGUACAAUUUAAAAAUCGUAAAGAUUAAUUUAUUUUUUUGUAAAAUACAAUUAUAUUGUAAUUUUUCAAUCAAUUGUUUGAAAAUCAAAUAAUUUUUGUUAAUCUUUAUUUUCGUUUAUUCUAAAGUUCUGGAUGACGUUUAAUUGGACGUAAUUUAUAUAUUUCUUCGUAAAAUUAAAUUUUUAUUGCAAAAAUUUUGAGUCACUAACAAACAAAUUAAGGGGUUACGCCACCCUGAACGCAUGAAAAUCGGAUGGUUUUUUAGGAAUUUUUUUGAUAAAACUGUUUCAGGUAGGACUUCUUUACAUUUAUUGAUGCUUUAGUACAUAUAUUGAGCUUUAUAAAUAUUUAAAAAAAAAUUGUUUUUAAUUAAAAAUGGCGGAGAUAUAACUAUUGGCGUGGAUCAAUUUUUCCGGAGCACUCCUUGAUGGUGUACAUGAUUGGCAGUUCAAUUUUUGUCAGAAACAAGUAAAACAAUAUUUUUCUUAAAAAGUGAUAAAUUUUGAACAGAGUGACGAAGCCAUUUUAAAAAAAAAAAUUUUUUACGCAAAUGGAAGCACUUCAAAAAUUGACAUUUUUUUUUUGGCUAAAAUUACCGUAUAAAAAAUUGGAUAAAAAAUUUUCAAAUUAUUCAAUCAAAAAAAUCCCACGUCACUCUGUGGAAAAUCUAUUUAGGAAGAUGUAUAUUAAUUUUCAAGUCAAUCGAUUGAAUAGUUUUUGAGUUAUCGUGUACACCGUCUCGAAAAUUGUGGUUUCGAGAAAAACGCAAAAGAAGAAAAAAAUGAACUUUAGUGUAUUAUAACUUGAAAAUUUUUCAAUUUACUAUUUAAUCAGCAAUUCCUGGGCCAUAAUUUUUUUUAUUUAAGAAUGGAAGGGAUACAAUGAAAAGGACCCUUCCUAAAUCAUGAAAGGGCCCCCUAGACCAUUCGAAAAUAGAAAGUCGCUGCUUCCAGCAGCUCUCGGCGCGUCCCCACCGCGCUGACUUCUAAUGACCAUAACUUUUGUAAUUAGUGAGACAUUGUCUUCGGCGACAUCUCAAAAUAUUCGUUAGAAUAUAAACUUUGAAAUUAAGCAAAAAAAAAAAAUAAAUUUUUUUGAAAAUUUCAGGGUGGCGUA